AUGGAGCAGGAUUACAGCUCUGAAGAGGACUGGGGCAGCGGCGUCUUCAACUUCAACUACAGCUACAGCUAUGAUUAUAACGGCACCGAGCUGGAUGGCGGGCUGGGGGGCGGGGCCUGCACAGCGCCCCCCGUGGGCGGGAUGGAGAUGGUGCGGGCCGCACUGUACUGCGCCGUGCUGCUGGUGGGCGUGCCUGCUAACCUCGUCCUGCUGGGGGCGCUGUGCCACAGGGGCCGGGCUGCAGGGGGGCGGGGUGGCCGGCACUGGAGGACCGGAGAGAUCCUGGCUCUGAACCUGGCUGUCAGCGACCUGCUCUUCCUCCUCUCCCUCCCACUGUGGAUACAGAGCGAGCUGAACCAGGGGCGGUGGAGCGGCGGGGACAUCAGCUGCAAGAUGACUCCCUAUGUAACAGCGCUGACCAUGUAUGUGGGAGUGCUGCUACUGACCAUCAUGAGCUUCGACAGGUACGUGGCGGUAUUGCACCCCGGUCUGUACCGGCGUCUGCGGAAGCACACUCUGGCAGCGUGGAGUUGUGUGCUGUCCUGGCUGGGCUCCGCCCUCCUGGCUGUUCCGGUGCUGCGGGUGCGAGAGGUGCAGCAGGGGCCGGGCGGGGCCCCGUACUGCGGGGAGAGGGAGGGGCGGGCCGCCGCCCACCCCCCAGAGCUGGCCCUCGGCCUGCUGCUCCUCAGCUUCUUCCUCCCGCUCCUCCUCAUCCUCCUCUGCUCCUGCGCUGUCAGCCACACCCUGCGGCGGCAUGUGGGCGGGGCUGUGGGCGGGGCGGUGGGUGGGACCGGCCAGCCGGGGGCUCUGCGUCGCUCCAUGCGGGUGGUGCUGCUGGUGGCGGCCGCCUUCCUGCUGUCCUGGCUGCCCUUCAACCUCUUCAAGCUGCUGGGGCUGCUGGAGCGCAGCCUGAGUGCCCCCCCCGCGCCCCCUGACCCCCCGCCCACCUGCGCCCUGCGCCGCCUCGCCCAGGCCGGCAUGCGCUGGACCGCCCCGCUGGGCUUCGCGCACAGCUGUGUCAACCCGCUGGUCUACCUGGCGGCCGACCGCUCGCUGCGCCGGAGGGGCCUGCAGGGGGCACUGUUGCCCUGCGGCCAGAGUGAGGGGGGUGCCCCCAGAAGCGGGGCCAGGAGUGGGGCCAGCUCUCACACCGGCCCCAGCAGCUGGGAGGGGCCUGGAAAGGCGGCGAGGGGGGCGUCGGCAUGCCAGGGCGGAGAGCGAGGGGGUGUGAGGAGGGAGGAGACAGUGGAGGAGGUGAUUCUAAAGGUCGCAGAGGAGGACGAAAGGGCGGAGGGAUCAGUCAGAGCGGUACCGGCACAGAGGCCGCUGCCCCCACCCCGUCUGCGGCUGCCCUGUGACUCACCCGCUGCAGGACACACCGCCCUUCGGCUGAGACGCGUCUCCGAGGAGCACCUGCGUCCCGCCUGGACCACUUCAUGA